CUACCAUAUACCUACUUACUAAGUCGUUUACACAACCCAAACCCUCAUUCUAAGAAAUGGGGUCUCGCACACAAAACCUCUCUCUUCUUAUCCUCCUUCUCCUAGCCUUCCUUGCUGUCUCCUUCGCUUGUGAAUGCAGCCCUCCUAAACCAUCACCGAGCCCCCACAAACCGCCUAAACAUCCCGUCAAACCGCCUAAACCACCAGCAGUCAAACCACCAAAACCACCGGCAGUAAAACCGCCUAAACCCCCUACCGUUAAACCACACCCCCACCCUAAACCUCCCACCAAACCCCCCACCGUUAGACCACAUCCACACCCUAAGCCCCCUACCAAACCUCAUCCGAUCCCUAAACCGCCCACUAAACCACCCACCGUUAAGCCACCACCCUCCACCCCUAAACCGCCCACCAAACCACCCACCGUUAAACCACCUCCAUCUACCCCUAAGCCGCCCACCAAACCACCCACCACCCCUAAACCGCCCACCAAACCACCCUCCGUUAAACCGCCUCCAUCCACCCCUAAGCCGCCCACCAAACCACCCACCGUCAAACCACCACCCUCUACCCCAAAACCGCCCACCAAGCCACCCACCGUUAAACCACCUACCCACAAGCCACCAACAGUGUGCCCACCGCCAACCCCAACACCAACACCACCUGUUGUAACGCCACCAACACCAACACCGCCAACCCUAACUCCACCGGUGGUAACGCCACCAACACCAACCCCUCCUGUCGUAACACCACCAACACCACCGGUCGUCACGCCACCGACACCAACCCCUCCUGUCGUAACACCACCAACACCAACACCACCGGUCGUCACGCCACCGACACCAACCCCUCCUGUCGUAACACCACCAACACCAACACCACCGGUAGUAACGCCACCGACGCCAACCCCUCCUGUCGUAACACCACCAACACCACCAACACCAACUCCACCUAAACCAGAAACUUGCCCUAUCGACACAUUGAAGCUAGGCGCUUGUGUGGACGUUCUUGGAGGUUUGAUUCACAUCGGGCUUGGUGGAAGUAACGCCAAGAAAGAGUGUUGUCCGGUUUUGGGAGGCUUAGUUGACUUAGACGCAGCCGUUUGUCUAUGUACCACCAUUAAAGCCAAACUUCUCAACCUCGACCUUAUUAUCCCCAUUGCUCUUGAGCUUCUUAUCGACUGUGGAAAGAAUCCACCACCUGGCUUUAAAUGUCCCUCUUGAUGAAUGAAGUGUCUCUCUAUCGUGUGUUUUUUUCUUUCUUUCUUUCAAGAAUUUGUUGUUUGAUAAUCUCUUUGGGCAAUGGGAGGUUAGUUUUCGUGUGUGGGACCUCUAAUCACUUGUUUUAAUAAUGUACAAUAAAUGGGUAUGUUUGGGUUUUGUUGAUUUAAUUUUAAGAAGAAAAAACUGUGAAACGGUAUAAUUAUCUUUCGACAAAAACAAGUUUGCAUCUCA